AUGUCACUCUAUCUACAGCUCGUUCUAAUAGGCAAACUGCGGACCACCUAUUGGACGCGCAAGGGUACUGCCACGCCUGCAGCGUUGGAGAAUGAAACCACGGGCUUAAAGCAAAUUCGGGGCUACGUGUGCAAGGUGGUUCGUUGGUCCAAACAGGAAUGGCAAGGCCGGGCCUACUUUUCCUUGAUGGGCUACCCUUACACGCUCAAGCUCAUUAACCUUCGGUACGGAGAUAUGGGCACCUACAUUUGCUCGGUGUCCUUCAGGGAUGGCACUGAACGCAACGGCACGGUCUUUCUACAAGUCGUCGUUCCACCGGAGCCCCCUAUGAUCACGGACGGCCAAGGCAACAUCCUCAUGGGAGUCAUCGGGCCCUACAACGAGAGCAGCCGACUCACUCUCAUCUGCAUGGUCAAAGGAGGCAGGCCAGCGCCGGCGCUGACUUGGAAACGAGACGCGGAACCACUGUACGUGAACGCCAUGACGUCGAUUGCGGGAGACGUGAAGAAGUCUACGCUGACACUGCACAACCUAAGGCGCCAGGAUCUGAUGGCCGUUUACACCUGCGUCUCUUCCAACAACGUGUCCGUACAGGGAGAGACGGCGGUCACUCUGGACCUAAAUCUGUCUCCGACGUCGGUCCAGAUCCGGAGGACGGAGGCACCUAUCUCUGCGGGUCUUCCCGCUGAAAUCCUCUGCGAGGUGUGGGGCUCCCGGCCGUCUCCGGAAAUCACCUGGUGGAAGAACAGCGUGCAGCUUAAGCAGGCCUUCGUCCACGUCUCCCAGGACGGAAACCUGACCACGAGCGUGGUCGAGUUCACGCCCGAGCACAGCGACAACGGACAGACGCUCGUUUGCAGGGCGGAGAACAAGCGCAUGCCGGGUGCCGUUAGGGAAGACCAAUGGGACCUCAGCGUUCACUACAAGCCUAAGGUACGGCUGCAGAUGGACCCCAACGUUGGUCUUGAAAGGUUACAAGAGGGCAUGGACAUCGGUCUGGGCUGCUCCACGGACGCCAACCCUCCCGUGCGAGACAUCCAGUGGCAGCUCAACGGUAGAGCUCUGAUCCCACAAGAUGGAGUCACGCUGCACAAAGAGGCCCUGGCCAUUCAAGGCGCCCGACUGAGACACGUCGGAAACUACACCUGCUCGGCGGCGAACCGCGAAGGUGUCAGCCUGAGUAACGUCGUUCAUCUCAGGCUGAAACACGCCCCUGUGUGCAAAGCAAGCCAACGCUUGGUAUAUUCAACCAAGCUCGGCAAGACUCUACAUAUCUCGUGCGAGGUGCUGGCACAGCCGCCGGCCGUCACGUUUCGAUGGCGGUUCAACAACUCAGGCCAGAGCGCUCGGCUGGACACGUACAGCUGGGAAGGUACCCGCAGCGUUGCCCGCUACGUGGCCAGGACCCCCGAAGACUACGGCACCGUCCUCUGCUGGGCCAGAAACCAGGUUGGAGACCAGAAACAUCCCUGCGUCUUCAUGGUAGUUCCUGCAGGGUCAGGGCUGCUUCUUUCAAACGAAGCUCUGAUCACAAUGCUGAUUUGUCUUCUCUUCGUGCUGAUACUCCUGGCCAUAUUUAUUUAUCUUUUCAUCAAGUCAAGGAGGCGGAAACAAAAUAAAGAAGAACAAAGAAACAAGCAAGAAGUUCAAGCGACGUGCGCCAACAGCGGCCCUGUGUCCGUCAGCAACUUUCAUUCGCUGCCGUCGGCGAGAACCGCCAACGGGAACAUCACGAACGUCGGCAACGGAAGUUACGUCGCGGCCUGCAGCCGCAACACGUAG